UUUCAUCGAACCGCCAUUUAGUGUACGUGCCAGAUAAGCGCGCGAACAGCUUUCCAGACAGGCCGGAGAGAAUAUUUCUCCGUCGCCAGACCACCGGGAACCGCUGCAGACGCUGGGCUGGGGGACACCCCAUGACGUCACACGCCGGCGACCAAUCAGGGGACAGCACCGCACCUCGCAACUCUCCCCGCGCCGAACCACGCUGUUUCUCGUGGCCCCGCGGACAAAUGUUCCUGAAAAGGAGCGCAGGUGGAAUAUAAAAAAAGAAUAACUUCAUGAAGGAAAAACCAAAACAACAUAAACAGCUCGAGCAAAACCAAACUAUAUAGCGACAUCGACUGGAGGCUGAGGACAAAAGGCUAGGAGUAGGUGUAGAGAGAAUCUAUUCUGUCUUCGUUCUUUGCCGGAGGACCACGGAUAUACCUGCGUGACACGACACACACUGCAACAAGUGUGGAGCGCAGACAGAACAACUGAGUGAAGGUGCUGGUCACCGCCUAUCUUCCCCUCGGAGUAGCGCUGGACGCUAACAACGGAAGGUGAACAGAAGCUGUGGUCAAAGGUACAAACUGUGGCUGGAGAUCUAAAGACGCACAGAAGCUGUAACCAAAAUAGAAAGACGAAAGAAGUGACUCAAAUAGACUCUUCCAAGAAAAAACAUAUCUAAGAACUGAUCUGCAAGGACUCAUAUAGAAGGAAGACCCCCCACUUGAGACAAAAAUCAAACAACAAAACCAAACCAAAAUGGAAUCCCGUAUUGUGUUGUGUGCUUUUCUCUUGCACAUUGUCGUCAUCACUGCUGGCAGUGACGUCAUUACAUACAAUCAAGCAGAAAUGGAUGUGGCCAACGAUGAUUCUCUGUUUAAGGAAGAACAGUUCUUAAGAGUGAAGUCAACAUUCACGCAGAGAGCCCCACAGUCCCCAGCUAAUCAUAUACCUCAGGGUCCAAAUCAGCUGACGCAGUCAGACCAAAUGGGACUCAUUUCCGGGAACGCCCAGGCGGGAUUUUCCGACCUUUCUCCUCAAACUGGAAGUGAUGCAAACACAGGGUCAUUUCCCGGGGAAUAUUCCGAUUAUCUGGAAGACCCUAAAUCUAAAAACCUUUCAAAUAUGCCAAAAGGUUCGCAAGGAAAUUCCAAAGAUCAGUUUUUGUGGGAAGAAUGGAAAGAGCUUUCAAAUGAAAACGAUGAGUAUCUGUUCAUGUCUGAGGGCGGUGAAGGAUAUCCGCUACUGAGUCGAGGCAAAAGACAAGCUGGAAGUGGAGAAAUCACAGUGGAUUUCAGAUUUGUGAUCUUAUCCAUCACUUUGCCUACCCGGAGAAAAAGAGCAGCUACUGAGGCCGAACUCGAAGCCGAUAUCGAGACAUCAGUAAGUGGCCCUACAGUUACUGAUCUGAUUGAGAAUAUUUGACAAAAUGGUGGCCGUUUAGGUGGUGGGCUGCGUCGACCGUGCCUGCCAAGACCAGCCCCCGCUGAGUGGGAUACGGUAUACCAAGUAGAAAGUCUGGGACAGUCGAUGAAUUUAAUAAUUUCCCUACCCAAGAAUCGAAUUUACGUCUUCUGCGCGCGACGGCGAAGAGCUUUACCAUGACGCGAGAGAUGUAAACCAGAGAGGGGUUACAGUUGCAUUACUGUAAAACUCAAACUCUCCGAUGUAAACCUAAUUCGCUAAGGAAUGCUAUCAUGCCACACCGUCAUCUCUCACUGACUAAAUGCUGUAGUGUUUUCUUGUUUUCAUUAUUAUUAAUUGUCAUCAAUACCUGCUUGUCUGUAUUUUAUGUAUCAUCUCAUUGUAUCAAAUCCUCAUUCUUUUCUUUAAACUUUAGUAACGAGUAGUAAUCCUCGUACAAUAACAAUACUAUGUCUAAAGCUUGAAGCCUGUCUUUUUAUGCUAAAAGGCCUAACGUUUUCAUAUUUUAAACAAAACCUACUGCGGGACCUGUCAGUCUGUAAAUUAGUCUAUUCAAUGUUUAAGGCCAUAUGCCCACAUCACUUCACAUUAAACACUCAUUUGUUAAAAAAAAGUUUCCA